GGUAUGAACGAAGAGAAAUUUGAAAGUUUCUCAGAAUAUGAAGCAUUAGCCGCUGAUACAGCCCGAUUAAAUAGAGUGACGAGGUUCUUCGUAAACUUGUUCAGUCGCGACAUGCCGAAUGACUCUCCGUUAGCUGGCAGUAAGGAAGAAGUUACCGACGACAAAGCCGUCCCUGCCGAUGAUUCGCUAAUGCCUACAAUGUCUGAUCCGGUUACUGACAGAUUGCCAGUCCGUCAAGAAGCGCAGCAAUUAGCGGUGCACUCGUUAGAUCCGGAGCCGCCUGAUCAUCGCAGAACCCGAAGAUUACAGGACUAUGAAAGAAGCGAUUUCCGGCAGUGCUGGAUGCCCGAUGCACGCGGAAAAGAAUGCUACGAAUGUCAGGAUAAGUUUUCAACCUUUCGUCGACGGCAUCAUUGUCGUAUAUGUGGACAGAUAUUUUGUGCCCGUUGUUGUAAAAAGGAAGUGCCCGGUCGCCUUCUUGGUUACGGCGGAGUUUUGCGUUUGUGCGACUACUGUUACGAAGUGGUGCUGCGGUAUUUGAAGACGUCGCUUUGCAAGCGUUUAAACAGUCCUCAGCAAGAUGCAAGCGGGUCUCCAACAUUCAGUGAGAUGACCAUCGCCUUUCUAUCGCGUCUAACAGACUCAAGCACCUCACAAGGUUCGAACCACUGUUUUUCAGAUGAGAAGCAGGGCGACGAGUUUGCAGCGGACACGCGCCCUAGAGAGCUGUGGAAAACCCCGACGAUGCAGAGACUACCUGCUUCCGGUGGGGGCAGCGCGAAUCGCCUACGGAACAUCAUCGAAACAACGGCGGCCAUAAGGGGCGAUGGCGAGGAUGAUUCAGACGGUCCUGUCUCCUUGACACUGGGUAACGAUACCGAACGAGCGUCUGACACGUGCGCCGGGGAAGAGCUCGAACCGGAGUGGCUGCGAGGUAUUUCCGCGGAACGAACAUGUGACAAAAACGAAUUCGCCGACGAGCCCUCGGCCAAAACUGACAGCUCUUCUGACAGCAUGCCAUUUUCUCGCCUGAAAACCUAUAGCUUGAGUCUUAACUUGGACUCAGUCAACUUAAAGGUGGACAGUUGCUCAGAAAGUGCGCUGGCCCUCAGCCCGGUUCUGGAUGCUCCGCAAAACGAUAUGGCGAUCGCCGCAUUUUGGAGCUCGUUCUCAGCGCCCUGUACGCCAAUUUCUGUGAACGAGAAACUGCGUCGUUCAUCGGCAAGCUCUUCAAGCGAUGGUCUAUCUGUGGACGCCAUAAGUGAUGCAUCGCUGCAUUCGAUGUUCAUGCAGCACGCUGAGCAGCUGCUGAAGUACGUACUUUUGCGGGAACACCUUGAACCUGAGGUAUGGACGGCAGUCGUUUGGCCCUUAGCCAAAGAAAUUGCCUUUACCGUUAAACCCGAUCCCCAAUCUCGCAAAGAUGACAUGAACAUUCUUCGCUACGUGCAUGUAAAAACGCUGAAAACGUCAGAAAAGCCGUCAGCUCAAAUAGUCUUUGGUACCGCGUGCUCGAAGUCUUUGGUGGACAAACAUAUGCGAAGUACGUUUCGGCUGCCUAAAAUCCUCGUUCUCAGGGGUCAGAUAGAAUACGAAAGAGUCAGUGGAAAGUUGACAUCGAUCGAUCCAGUCAUUAUGCAAGAGGCGGAGUACGUCAAGAAUUUGGUUCGGCGGAUUCUCAGUCACAAGCCAGACAUUGUGCUAGUAGAAAAAUCCGUUUCGUUCACGGCCCUGAAGUACUUGCGCGAAGCCGGGGUGUCUGUUGUUCAUAACUUGAAGGCGACCGUUUUGCAACGCAUUGCAAGAUGUACAAACGCUCAACUUGUCGAAUCAAUUGAGGGACCAUGCAAAUGGAAACUGUUCAAAAUUAAGCGUGUAUUUAAAUUUAUGCUUUGUGCUCUUUAUUCUGCCAAACUGGAAAUUGUUUCGUUAAGUCGCUAUGCGUACGUCGGUGAAGAUCGCGCAGACCAUGGUGUGGAACCUUGCGAUGUUUGCGACAGUAAUCGCUCUCUUGCGAUGAACGCCGCAUUUGACGGGCAGCACAGAAUCGUUCUUAGCAACAGCCCUUUCCUGUCGUUUGUCAGAUCAUAUGCCGAACAACUUUCCUACCUACCUGGCCGUCCGGUCAGCGGCAAAUUCGAAGCAAAAGUGCGUGAUUCUGAAUUGGACUCAUGCUGUGAGAGCGACUAUGCUUCUUCUAAAGUUGCACCCAACCGUCGUUAUCACGAUUUUACGUUCAAAACGUUAACUGAUGAUAUAAGCAGUGAGUCAAUGCAGCAUGAUGUGGCCAACUACCGCGCGUUUCAGGGCAGAAUCUUCAGAUCGAAUGUCUCAGCAGAGCUACUGCGAGCGGCAGAAGAAAUGGAAAGGGAUGCUCAUCGCCGCAAACUCCGACGCACUGUGGCAAAACGGGUCGAUCGGCUGCACCCAUUCUUCCAUCAGCGCAUCGCCCUUCUGCACUGCAGCUUUUCGUCAAAGUCCGAAAACGCUCCAGGAUUCUGUCUGCGUCCCAGAGUGUUCGUCAUGGACUUCUACGGUCGUUCUGACGUCACUUUGGGCCAUUACUUGGAGCGCUUCUGUUUCAGUCCAUCUUUCAACUGCCCAAGGGAAAACUGCUGCGCUAAGAUGGUAUAUCUUGUUCAGACUCAACUGACGUUCUGUGUUAAAUCAGAUAUCUACACUAUGGUGCAAAAGUAUUCAUUCAUUCGUUCGUUUAUUCAGUCAGUCUUUCUGUCAUUCACAAAUAUCAGAGUCUUUUCUUAUGUCAGAGAGCCUCACAGAAAAUUUCGACCUUUCUUUCACUACUUUCAUCCGUAGUU